AUGCAGAACCAGCUCGUGUCGCUCAUCAUGACUCUGUCGGGUGUCUUGACCUCCUUUGCCGACAAGGCCGAGCGCAAGGGCGCUUUGGCCGCCACCUUCUCGGUUUUGAACCGCUGGCUUCUGGAUCGCCGGGUCUGCAUGGCCGCCCUGGCAGAAGGUCCUUUGUUUCUUCUGGGUACCCACAUACCGCUUUGGAGACAUCAGGACAGCCUUCACCAAAUUCUUUACAUCCAUGUGGACCUUUGUCGAAUUUUUACAUCGGCGACGCGCGCGCCGUUCCUCAUGACCUACGAGUCGGCGAACCUUGACGAGGUGCUCGAUGGUGAGGAGGCGUCCUCCUCCGCCAAUGCCCACAUCUCCCAUCAAACGUUGCUGCACCAGCCAACGACUGCUGCUGUGCAGCACUCCGUGUCAACCAGGCUCGCAGGGUGCGUGCUGACAGAGCUGCGGCGUGCUGCCGCUGCUGUCGCUGCUGCUGAAGAGAGCCCCGACUCUGCCCCCGCUGCGAAUUCAGGGCAGUCUGAUGACAGCGAUCACCCCCAGAGCAUGCAGGACCUCCAUCAUUUGAUUAAGGAGGUCACCCCCGAUGACUGGCGGUCCUUCAGCUCCCACGUCCCCAAGGCGCCCGCCCGGGAGCAGCCCGAGUUGGAGGAGUCGCUAGCGAAGCCCAUGAGGGCAGCUGCCAAAGAGCGUCGGGAGCUUGCGGCCAAGACGAGGCAGAACAUAUGGGGAGAGCCUUGGAAAGACAAAGUUGAGCGAGUACGGGUGGCGUCUCCCUAUAGCCGCUACGCGUCGUGGAGUUUGAAUGCGGUGAUGGUGAAAGGAGGCGACGACCUUCGACAGGAGCUGCUAGCCUCCCAGAUCAUCGAGCAGUUCAGCGCAAUUUUCCAGGAAGCUGGUUUACCACUCUGGCUGCAGGCCACAAAGGUAUUGGUGACCAGCUCGACGAAUGGCUUCCUCGAGUUCAUCCACGACUCGAUCUCCGUCGAUGCCAUGAAGAAGAUCUACCCUGGCAAGACGUUGGCAGACAUCUUCAGAGUGGCUUUUGCCGACAGAUUGUUCGAGGCGAAGAGGAACUUCAUUGAAAGCUCGGCGGCGUACUCCCUGGUCGUCUACUUCCUGCAGGUGAAAGACCGUCACAACGGCAACCUCAUGCUGUUGACAAGUGGCCAUGUGGUCCACAUCGACUUUGGGUUCAUGCUCUCCAACUCGCCCGGUGGGAAUAUGGCCUUCGAGAACUCGCCUUUCAAGCUGACUCAGGAGAUCCUGGAUGUCAUGGAUGGCGAAUGUUCGGAGCAGUACGAGUACUUUCGCACGCUGCUCAUUCGCGGCUUUCUGGAAGCGCGGAAGCACAUGGAUCGGAUCGUUUUACAGGUGCGGAUGAUGCUGACUGGCUCGAAGAUGCCCUGCUUCCGAGAGGGGGCAGACUUCGUCCUGUCCACGCUGCAAGACAGGUUCUUUUGCAACCUGACGGAAGAAGCUUGUAUAGAGAAAAUUGUCGAAUUGAUUGACACGUCCGUAAACAAUUGGCGGACGAUCCAAUACGACAAUUAUCAGCGCUUGGUGAAUGGCAUUCUUUGA